GAAUCCAUUUAGGGCUAGAUUCCUUGUUAUUGUUCUUGUCAUAGUCCAGCAAGAGUCCCUGUUCCUGCCGCAGCUAUCAGUCGUGAUCAUGUGAGCCUCAAGCUGGUGGUGCUCUCUCUAAAUGCUUGGCACCAGCCAUGUCGUUCGAGCCCUCGAGCGAGGGAUCGGAUGUCAUCCUUCUUUUUCAGCCGCGCUCGAUCCUUUCAGAAUAGAACAACACGUCACAAGAGGCGGUCAGGUCAGUUAAUACAUGCACGGUAUCGGCUCUGAAUCGCUCGGCCCAGCAUUCUUCAAUCCGAAAAGGGUCCAGAUCGUGAUAUCAUGCCCGAAGUCAGGAUCUGGGGCUGGGAUUUCUUUAAUAUGUAUCUUUGUCCGUUCUGUGCGUUAGGUCCUCGGAUGUGUACUUGGCGAGUGCUAUACGAAUCCUUUUGGGGAAUUCGGGAUUUCCGUUUGUGUUCAGCUUCAGGCCGAUGGGGUUCUGGAAGAGGAGACAUGGGUCUUUCGCAAGCUUUGCAAGGGGCUGCACAUGGCUUUAUUGAUUUCUGGGCGAAUGUCCAAGUCUCCAAGCAGUCUUGGAUGGAUCAAGCUUAACAAGUUUUUUUUGACCUCGGACAUUGGCGGUGGUUGUCGCCUGUCAGGUCAUUCGGGGCCUCCCUUGAUGGUUGAGUAUUAUCCUUAUGAGCGUGAGUUAUCCACUGCUUGUCAGACAAUUUGCAUUCGGGAUUUUUCACACCAAAGUCAUCGAAACUCCUCCCUUCUCUGUAUGCACUUCUGAACUGGCUCUCACAAAUCUAUGACUUCAACCCCGUAUUUUUGGAAUUCUGCUUGAAGUUCCGUUACAUAUCCAAAUUGAUAUUUUCUUCUUGACCUCCAACAUGAAACUCUCACUCCUCCCCCUCCUCACACCUCUCCUCAUCUCCAACGUCCUCGCCUGGCCAGGCAUGAGUUCCACCCUCUCACAACUCAACACCCGCCUACACACGCGACAAGACUCCCCAGAAGAUUCCAUCGAGCUAAUCGGCGAUCUCGUCCCCGAAAAAGGCGGUCCAACAACUCCUGUCGGCUGGGCCGUAUGGGGAAUUCUCACUGGAAGUAUUGACGGACAAGGUCUUACGGAAUGGAAGGGUCCAUUACCAGGGAAGAAAACGCCACAGUGCAAAGCAGAUACUUGUUGUAUCUGGCGACAUAUUGCUUUGGAGAUGGAGAAGAAAUUCAAGGGUAGGAGUGGCCGCUGUAAUAAAUGGGCACGAUUUGCUGUGCGGCUGGGUUUCCAUGAUGCGGGGACGUGGAGUAAAUACACGGAGGACUUUGGUGGUGCGGAUGGAAGUAUCAUUUUAUCGGGAGAAGAGCUCACUCGCGGCGAAAAUAAUGGGUUGCAGGAUAUUGCGGUCAAGAUGCAGAAAUGGUAUGCCGAAUACUCCAAGUUCGGAGUCGGAAUGGCGGACCUGAUCCAGAUGGGCGCCAACGUCGCUACAGUCGUCUGCCCACUCGGUCCUCGAAUCAGAACUUUCGUCGGAAGGACAGACAGCAGUAAGCCAUCAAUCAACGGACUCCUGCCAGAUGUACAUGGCGAGGCCGAAGAUCUGAUCAACUUGUUUGAGAACAAAACUAUCAGGGCUCAUGGGUUGGUUGCUCUGCUAGGCGCACACACGACAAGUCAGCAGAAUUUCGUGGAUCCGAAGAGAGCGAAAGAUCCUCAGGACUCGACGCCUGGGAUUUGGGAUGUGGCGUUUUAUGGACAGACGACGGGCGCGGCGCCGAAGAGGGUGUUUCGCUUUCCGAGCGAUGUGAAGAUUGCGGCGCAUCCGAAGGCUUCUGAUGAGUGGGGGCAGUUUACUAAUGAUCAGGAACAUUGGAAUACUGUGAGUGCUAUUUUAUUUAACUGGUCAUCUGAAACCUUUCUUGUUAGUUGUGCUUCUCAAGUUUAUUCUUCCUUGAAGUGGCUGCUAAUAGAUGUACAGGAUUACGCGAGAGAAUACGUCCGCCUCUCACUGCUCGGAGUAAACAACAUCAACUCUCUAACUGAAUGCACGCAUGUUCUUCCUCCAAGAAUCCUGACGGCUAAAACCGGCGAUGAUAAUGCAGCGAUACAGAAGUGGUUGAAGGGAGAGAAGAAUCAAUUAAGUACUGUGCUUGAGGAGGGAGAUCCUGUACCAAAAGCCAAGUGAUGAUUGCAUUGAUUUGCUCUAUGAUUUUAUUGUUUAAAGGCGUUACCUAUAGAAUAAUAAAUAAUUCUUCA